CCUUGAAGCCGCGGACUUUCUUGAAAGCUAGCAUCUCUAGGUCCCUGGAAGUCUGCUGAGUUACCUUACUGCUAUCUUUAGGCUAAAAUGCGUACAUGCAAACUGUCCUCUUCUACAGUUACAUAUUAAUUAGGUCCAAGUGUUGUGAAUCAUUUGUCAGCGUUAUGAAAUUAUGUUAAAAGAUAGUCAAGAAAAAUUAUAAACAUUGAACUGAUUUCGUUAACGUAAAGUUCAGACGACUGGCGCGCGAAUAUAGACGUACACAUUCACUAAAGCAGGAAUGCUAACGAUAUAUUAGAAUUCUAGACGAAUGCAAGUUGGUAACAUUUACUACAUUUAUUCAGCAAACUGAGAAGCAUUAGUUAACUGUACAUCAUACGAGUAUCCACCCAAAUUACUACCACUACCUUCCAGUGUAACUUAUUUGCGCUUCUUGUCGAGCAGCAUAUUUGUUCAGCGUUGCAUGAAUUUGUCGGGACAAAUACAUUCCCAAUAUAGAAUCUAUUAUAUCUAAAACAUCAUUGUGUGAUACUACGGGCAUCGAUACACUAACUUUAGGUAACGUUUCUUUGAUUUCUGUGUAUCAUUGGUAGCUACAAGUAGAACCUGUGUUAACUGCAUGUCAGAUGGUGAGAUAUGAAUUGCGUAAUUUUCUGUCCAAGUUUUUAACCAUCAUGUGAGCGUGAACUCAGCUGUUUGUAACGUUUUUUUAAACGACCGCAAUUUAAUCAUUGGGAAAUUAAUCCGCGUGCAGAUGAUGGUGCUUCGUUGCUCAUCUGGAAAUAAAUUAGUCUGAAAAAUUUCAGAGCAUCCUUGCAGUGGCCAGAGAAAUAUAUCCAACAUUAUAUUAGUUUCCAAAUGGUCCGACAUGUCAGCUGCUCGAAAGACUUGCCCGUUCUUUGUUUAGAGACGCGGUAAGAUAGACGGCUUGUCCCCGUCAGUCAAACACAUAUUAGCCCUUACACAAUAAAACUGCACGCGUCCGUGUUGUUGGUCUGGGACAUGCCCGGGCAUGUAGUGCUACAGUGCGUAGCCACUCCCGUGCACGACCGCUAGGUGAGUCAGCGUCGGGAUGGAAGUAACGCUUUGAAAUGUCAAUUCAACCAACCCCGUCGCUGAACGCCCAAUACUAUCAACAGUCUACGAGAUUCUAGCCCUGACAUGUCUCACCAAGUCUAUUUAAACCAGGAGCCGGCUGAAUUGCGUUUCCCACUGCAAGCCCAGCCGAGCUGACAGCACUUUAUGUAUAGACAGAUUUUAACUUAUCUUAUGUAUAUAAUAUAGAGAUUAUACUUAUAUUUAUUUAGAUCAGCAAAUUAUGGCAGACAUCACAGCUGAUAAUGAGAAAUUGGUUCGACCAAAUGUGCAGUUACAAACACUGCUAAAACAGGCAGGUGCCGAUAAGGAGGUGUUCACAAUGAAAGAGGUGAUGUACUACCUGGGUAAGUACAUAGUGAGGAAGCAACUGUACGACCAGCAGCAGCAGCACAUCGUGCGCUGUGGAGGGGACGCUCUCGGAGUCGUGCUGGGAGUCCAAACGUUCUCCGUGAAAGAGCCACGAGUCCUGUUUGCAAUGAUUACAAAAAACCUAACUGCAGUAAAAACCUCAGCUACAACAGAAUCUCAACCUGCACUUUCUCAACAAGACAGCCAGAGUGAACCAGAAGUGGGCAGAUCAGAGGACUCAGACUCAAAUGCAACUACCUCAUCACGGAGAAGAAGACGAAGCAGUGACCCUGCGGGGUCGUCUACACAGGACGAACCACGCGAGCGAAGGAAGCGACACAAGUCAGACAGCCUCUCUCUGACUUUUGACGACAGUCUGUCCUGGUGUGUGAUUGGCGGUCUCCGUGGCAACAGAAGAAGCAGCGAGUCUUCGGACUCCCACAGUAACACUGAAGUAGGUAUAUCUGUUAGUGACGAGUCAGACGAGAGCCUCAGCGAAGACUCAGACUCCGACAACUUCAGCGUGGAGUUUGAGGUCGAGUCCAUCGACUCGGAUGCAUACAGCGAACACGACGAGGCAUCCGUGACGGGCGAGGAUGAGGUCUAUGAAGUCACCAUCUUUGGACCCGAGGAGGAAGACGAGUUUGAUGAGGACACAGAGAUCACUGAGGCUGACUAUUGGAAAUGCCCCAAAUGCGAUGAGCUUAACCCACCUCUGCCCCGUAACUGCAACCGCUGCUGGACACUGCGGAUUGAUUGGCUCCCUGAAACCAACAACACAGCCGCUGCCACACCUGCAAUCGACCCAGCCUCUGACGCCAAGCCCCUGCCCCCAAAACCCACCCCGACGGACUCCGAGGAGGGUCUGGACGUACCCGACGGCAAGCGCGCCCCACCUCGCUCACCCCCCACCAAAGAGGAUCCCUCGGUGACUGCACCGUUGCCAUCGUCCCUUCCAGACUCACAGAGCUCGGCCUGUUCCCAGCCGUCCACGUCCUCAGCAGCUAGCGGCAGCGUGCCCUCCAGCCAGGAGGAGGCGCCAGAGCUGGAGCGUUUCAACAGCCUGGAGGCCUUCCUGCCCGCCAGCUGCCUGGAGCCCUGUGUCAUCUGCCAGAGCCGGCCCAAGAACGGCUGCAUUGUGCACGGGCGCACUGGCCACCUCAUGGCCUGCUACACCUGCGCCAAGAAGCUCAAAAACCGCAACAAGCUGUGCCCGGUGUGCCGUGAGCCCAUCCAGUCAGUCGUGCUCACCUACGUCAGCUGAGGCCAACACACACACACACACACACACACACAUGUACACACACAUAGCACAUUCACAAGUUAAACGGGGUGUUUUUUUGUUUUUGUUUUUUUUUUUCACAAGGUUUCUAUAAUUCUAUAAUCUAUAAUUGUUAUAGGUGGACUGGAUCUGAUGAAAGUGUGAUAGUAAAUUGUUAUAUUUACAAUUGUUAUAUUGUUAUGUCAAAUAAAUUAAUGGAUUUGGCAUGGA